UGACAGGAUAUAAGCGGGUGGCGGAGCUGCGGCGUUCUCCUGUCGGCCGGGGAAAAUGUCGCUGAACGCUGUUAGAAAGGGGAGUGAAGAGCUCGCUCCUUCGGCACUGCACAAGUUCCUGUCCGCUGCAUUUUACGCUGUCAGCUCGCUGUUAAUCGUGAUAGUAAAUAAAAUCGUGUUGACACACUACAGAUUUCCAUCAUUCACGUUUCUUGGAAUUGGUCAGAUGCUCACUACUAUUGUUGUUCUCUAUGCUGCAAAAUUGAAUCAUAAUAUUCAUUUCCAAGAUUUUGACAGAAGUAUACUUUUUAAAAUCUUUCCUCUGCCCCUUUUGUAUGUUGGGAAUCACAUCAGCGGCCUCGCCAGCACUAAGAAAUUAAGUUUACCAAUGUUCACUGUUCUACGAAAGUUCACGAUAUUGAUGACCAUGGUCCUGGAAGCGAGGAUAUUAAGGAAAACAUUCCCACCUCUUGUCAAGUGCAGCGUGUUGGCCAUUGUCGUUGGUGCCCUGGUAGCUGCCAGUUCUGACUUGGCCUUUGACCUCGAGGGAUACACAUUCAUCCUCCUGAACGACAUGUGCACUGCAGCCAGUGGCGUUUACACCAAGAAGAAGCUGGAGGUCGAGGGUCUGGGGAGAUAUGGAGUGUUAUUUUACAAUGCGAGUAUCAUUGUAAUACCUACAGUCUUGGCAAGCUCCUGCAGUGGAGAUCUGCAGCAGGUCCUGACUUUUGAGCAUUGGACAACCUUGCCAUUUGUAUGUUCGUUCCUCAUGUCCUGUGUAAUGGGGUUUAUCCUGAUGUACUCCAUCGUGCUCUGUAGUCACUACAACUCUGCGCUAACCACCACGGUCGUGGGCGCCAUUAAGAAUGUAGUUGUGGCCUACAUUGGCAUGUUUGUGGGUGGAGAUUAUAUAUUUUCCUGGUUAAAUUUCAUAGGACUAAACAUUUGCAUGUCGGGGGGGCUUGUGUACUCCUAUAUGACAUUUGGGAGCAGCUUAACGCUGGAGACGCGCAGGGGAAGCCAGCCUGACGUCCCCAAGGGGCCCAGCAGUGAAGACAAACAGCAAACGUCAUGAAGCCUGUGCUGAGGUGCACAUGCUGUCUGUCCAGGCGCUGCCGUUUCAGGGCCUCAUCUCGGAGCGUGUGUGUGUGUAUAUAUAUAUAUAUAUAUAUAUAUAUAUAUAUAUAUAUAUAU